AUGUCCCAGCAAGCCCCCCUCCAGCUCCACAUCCUCAUCGUCGGCUGCGGUCUCGGUGGCCUCGCCGCCGCCCACUGUCUUGCUCAGGCCGGCCACAAGAUCACCCUCUUCGAGUCCGCACCCGCCAUCGGUGAGGUCGGCGCAGGCAUCCAGGUCUCGCCCAACGUCACCCGCCUCCUCAUCCGCUGGGGUCUCGCCGAGGAGCUCAAGAAGGUCUCCGUCAAGCCCGAGGGGCUCGUCUUUCGCAGGUACAGCGAUGGCCAGAAGGUCGCGUACACCCGCUGGGGCGAGCGUAUGGACGCCUUCGGUGCGCCGUACUACCACAUCCACCGCGCCGACUUCCACAAGCUCCUGUACGACCGCGCCUUGAACGAGAUGGACCUCCGCCUCAACUCGACCGUCGUCGACUGCGACCCGGAGGCGCCUUCGCUGACCCUCGCCUCCGGCGAAGUCAUCCACGGCGAUCUCAUCAUUGGCGCAGACGGGAUCAAGAGCCGCAUCCAGAAGGCCGUCCUUGGCCGCGAGAACCCUGCGCACCCCACGGGCGACGCCGCGUACCGCGCUACGAUUCCCGCCUCGGCUCUGCUCGCCGACCCCGAGCUCGAGUCGUUCGUCAAGACGCCCGAGAUGACAGGCUGGAUGGGCCCCCAGCGGCACAUCAUGGGGUACCUCGUCCGCGGGGGCCAACUGUACAACCUCGUCAUGCUGCACCCGGACGACGGCUCAGUCGAGUCGUGGACAGCCGAGGGCAGCGCCGACAAGAUGCGCGCCGAUUUCGCCGACUUUGAGCCCCGUAUCCAGAAGCUCCUCAAGACGGUUGACACGACGCUGAAGUGGCGUCUCAUGGAUCGCAAGCCUCUGGAGACAUGGAUCCACCCCGCGGGGCGUGUCGCACUCCUCGGAGAUGCCUGCCAUCCCAUGCUGCCCUACCGUGCGCAAGGUGCUGCCAUGGCCAUCGAGGACGCUGGCGUGCUCGGCAACCUGCUCUCGCGCAUAUCCAACAUCGCGCAACUCAAGCCUCUCCUCUACGCCUACGAGUCGCUGCGGCUCCCGCGCACCGCCGCCACUCAGGCCUCCUCCCGUCUGAACCAGACGAUCUUCCACUUGCCCGACGGGCCCGAGCAGGAGGCGCGCGACUUCCAGAUGCGCAAGGCGAUGGAGGCCGAGCUCGCGCUCGCGGAACGCGAGCUCCGAGGCGAAGUCAUCUCGGAGAGCGAGAUGAUGGAGGGCAACCCGAACCAGUGGGCGGACCGCAAGAAGAACGAAGCCCAGUUCGGCUACGACGCCGACGAGGUUGCGGAGCGUUGGUGGCGCGAGGUCGGUGAGCGCGAGAUUGGUCCUCUCGCGAACGGUGUUGCCAUACAGAGCGGACGGCUGUGAGUGUUGAGCAGUGCGAAUGGCUUGCGCUUGUCCUGUUCUUCAGGGCGGUCCUAUCUGUCUCCGCAAUGUUUGCUGGUUUCUUCACAUAUACUUGGAUGGAUGGAUGUAAGCUUACAUGUAAAAGUCUGUUGUACACACAUGCUGUAUCAUAGCAGGUACUGUACUGGAAACAUAGAGGUUCUUCGCUGC